GGUGUCUGUCCCCCGACCGCUUAGCCAGCACAUUUGGUUGAGUUCUCACACAUCGUAAGUAACAUGAUGCGGUGGCGGCAUCCGCUUUAUUAUUUUGUGGCUCAUUUUCCCUGGGGCGGCCGCAAUUUCCGCUAGAUUGGGCGCCAAGUGUGCGUUCGAACCGAAUUCACCACACAGAGCUUUUGCUGAAAAAAACUCACCACGCUGGCAGAGUGUGCGCAAGCAGAAAAGGCUUUCGGCCCUACGACAACUUUGCACGCUGUUGUUAUUGCUUUUUGGGGGGUGGCCGGGUGGUUGGAUGGGUACUAUGCAGGGGGUGGUGGGUGAAAGACUACUCUGCGUGGUGGCCAAGGCGUCGGCGGCUUCAUUAACGGUUCGUCGUUGCUGGCAAACGGUUCUUCGUCUCCUCAAAAAAUUCACCUGAAAAAAUACAAAAAAAAAAAAAGUUACGAUUUCGAAAUUGUAACGUCAAGUCAAUAUCGAAAAAUGCUCAUUAAACUUAAGAUUAAUUAAGCAAAAUAAAUUAAAAAAAAAAAAUCGCAAACAAAAGUGUUUCAGUGUAUUCCUGUGGGAGUGUUUGUGAUUACAAAAAUUUCUAAACGAACAUAAAAAUUCAAAAAUUCAAGCAAAAUUUUGAAAAUCAAACGAAGCAUAUUGAAUUAUUGCCACGGCUGGAAAUUCUGAUUUAGGCAAUCCCCAGUGUAAUCCAAUGACUGAGGAGGAGGUUUUUGGCGAUUUACAGGAAAUUAUCAAUGCCAGCAUGGAGUUGAACGGUGGGGCCACCGGAGGCAACAGAGUGGGUGGUGGCGCUAUAGGCGGCCAACAGCACAUAUUAUCGCAGUCGACCUCCUUGCCGGUAAUGCCGUCGCACCUGCCACUCCACCUACAGAACCAGAACCAGAACCAGAAUCUAAAUCAGAAUCCGUUAAAGCCAAGUGCCAAAAGUGGACCCCACUUGCGCAUUGUGGAGGAGCCGACGAACAAUAUAAUCCGCUUUCGUUACAAGUGCGAGGGUCGCACCGCCGGCUCGAUUCCGGGCAUGAACUCCAGCCCGGAAAAUGGCAAGACCUUUCCCACCGUCGAGGUGUGCAACUACGACGGCCCGGUAAUCAUCGUGGUGUCCUGCGUGACCAGCGAGGAGCCCUAUCGUCAGCACCCCCACAGGCUGGUCAGCAAGGAGGAGGCGGAUGCCUGCAAGUCGGGCAUUUACCGGAAGCGCUUGGAGCCCCAGGAACGACGACUGGUGCUCCAAAAGGUUGGCAUCCAGUGCGCCAAGAAGCUGGAGAUGCGCGACUCCCUGGUGGAGCGGGAACAGCGAAAUGUCGAUCCCUUUUGCGCCAAAUUUGAUCACAAAGACCAGAUCGACAAGAUCAAUCGGUAUGAGCUGCGCCUCUGCUACCAGGCCCUAAUCCAAGUGGGUAAGACAUGGGUGGCCAUGGACCCCGUCGUAUCCUCACCGAUCUACGGCAAGAGCAAUGAGCUGACCAUCAACCGGCUGUGCAGCUGCUCGGCCCAAGUGACCGGCGGCAGCGAGAUCAUCAUGCUGUGCGAGAAGAUCGCCAAGGACGACAUCGAGGUGCGGUUCUACGAGACGGACAGCAACGGACGGGAGACGUGGUUCGCCAACGCCGAGUUCCAGCCCACGGACGUGUUCAAGCAGAUGGCCAUCGCCUUCAAGACGCCGCGCUACAAGAACACCGAGAUCACACAUAGUGUCAAUGUGGAGCUAAAAUUGGUGCGACCUUCGGAUGGAGCGACGAGUGCCCCGCUGCAGUUCGAGUACUACCCGAAUCCAGGUACGGUAACCUUUGCCCGGCUCCAGCGAAAGUUGAAGCGCCGCCAAGAGCUGGACGUGUUCCAGCAGAUCCUCUCCCUCGAUAGCGAAACGACGGCCACGAAAUACUCGUGCCCACCGAUGGACUUGGAGGAGGACAACAAUACGGUUUCAUCCGACGACCAGCAGAGUUCCGGAACUCUUAACGAAUUCGAGAUUGCGGUGAAGAAGCUACAGAUGCGUCAACGGGGUGAAUCAAACGAAAUGGAUGGAGGCACAGUCACCGAGUACACGGACAACGACAACGAACCGGACAUGGAGAUUGAGCUGGAGGUGCCACAGUUGUUGCCCCAACUGGCUGACGACUGCACCCAGACAUCCACGCCCAUGGAUGAGAUAUUGCAGCAUCCCCAGCUGCAGUCGCGUCCCCUGACCAAUGUGGACAAGAUUACCGAGUGGAUGAAGAGCAGCGAGUUCGAGAGAACGGAUAGCUUGACGGUGGAAAACGGUGAUACCCAGUCGCUAUCGAAUAGCACGGCCCAAACAGCAUUCACCAAUGUCAGCAGUUUGACGGCCAAUACGACCAUAACGAAUCAGUUGGAUGAGGAGGCCCUUGGACUCUUGGCCAGCGGUUCUCGCCGGGAUACCCUCGAGAAUCCGGCCGUAAAAGAGCUGCCGGAUAACGAAAAGGAACACGAAAUGGUUUCGGCCAGUGCCCAGGCCUCAGUGGAUUUGGAUGAGAAUUUCGAUGAGACAGCCACAUAUACGAGCCUGCAGAUAGCUUUUAACAAUCCCAUUAAAAUAGGCCUGCCCAAAGAGAACAAACAGGGCGUUCAGAUUUAUCCGCCCUCCAAUCCGUUUGGCCAAUUGGAUGAUGACGAGCUGGUGGUUCUGACAAAUCCACCAGCUCCGCGGAUUAAAGUGAAUGCUGCCCAGACCCCAGCCACGCCCCCCCAUUCACCGCCCCUGCCGCUGCCACCGCGAACUCCAUCGCCCGUUUGCGAUCAAAGACUACCGCCCUUGCCACCGAAACCGCAGCGAAAUUCCCAGGACCUGAGCAUUGUCAGUGACUCAAUGUCUGUCAGUCGGUCAAGAAAUGGCAGCCUAAGUUCCGCUAGAACCACACCUUCGCCCAUUAUAAUAAUGCGAACACCCGAUCAAAGUCCCACCAAAAGGCAACCGACGCCCAGUGUUUCGCCCAAGAAGCGUCAGGGAUUCUUUUCGAGAUUCUUUACGCGCCGCAAAAGCCGGGCGGACGAUGAGGAAUCCAUGACACCCGGUGGUAGUCCCAAUAGACAAUUGCCCGGUGGAUCCAAGGCCACCACACCCACCGGCAGUCGGGAGCCCAGUGUGGCGCACUUUUCAUUGGGAGAUCCCAAUCGCAGCUCCACACGAUCCAUGCAACCGCUGGGGAAGAAUGAGGGCAGAAAUGGCAAGCCAGUGGGUCGAAGUUCAAGUAGUGUGUCGGGAAAAAGACCCGCCCACCUGGAUGCGGAUGUGAUCCACAUACCGCUGAAGGGAGGCGACAGCGAGAACAGUUUGCUCCGGCCGGAGAGCUACUCGAACGCUAGUACCCUCAGCUAUGGUCGACCGCUGGACAGGAAGACCCUGAGCACUCUCCAGCUGGCAGAUAUUCCCAUAAGUGAUGGCCACAUGGAGUUGAUAGCCAUUGCCGACCGGCAGAGUAUCAAGAAUCUGUGCGAGGGCGCCUACGGUGUCGUACUGGAUCCCAGUGUCGAUCUCUCCGAGGCGGAACACUUUGCCCUGUACACCACCAGAAGUCCGGAGCCACCGUUUGGCGGGGAGUUGGGCGAAGGCGGAGCAGCAGGUGGUGGGGCAUCGGGCGGUGUGGAUGCGACGGAUUUCCUCAGUGCGGAUGAAAUAGCUCGACGGCUGGCGGAGGCCAAUGGCCUGGAGUAGGGAUAAGGGGGAGAUGAAGGCGUUACGGGUAACUGAUUUGAGGGUAAACAAGAAUAUAAUGCAAUUUUUGAAACAAUUUUAAAGCAUUUAUUUUGGAAAACAAAUUGCCUCCUAAGCAAAGGGUAACAUACAAAUUUGUA